GUCAGCCGGCGGCGACGGCUCAAGAACUGGGAGUUAGGGACGCGCGCACUGGACCUUCCGCCGCGGCCACUGCCGCCGCCGCCGCCCAGAGCCGGAGGCGCCGGGGCCGGGGGAGCCGGGCGGCGGGAGAGCGAGCGGGCCGGGGGGAGGGUGGGGGAUGGCGCGGACCCCGGGGCCGGCUCCACUGUGUCCCGGAGGCGGCAAAGCACAACUUUCCUCCGCUUCUCCCCCCGGGGCCGGGCUCCUGCUGCCGCCCCCGACGCCACCGCCGCUGCUGCUGCUGCUUUUUCCGCUGCUGUUCUUCUCCUGGCUCUGUGGUGCCUUAGCUGGACCAAUUAUUGUGGAGCCACAUGUCACAGCAGUAUGGGGAAAGAAUGUUUCAUUGAAGUGUUUAAUUGAAGUAAAUGAAACUAUAACACAAAUUUCAUGGGAGAAGAUACAUGGCAAAAGUUCACAGACUGUUGCAGUUCAUCAUCCUCAACAUGGAUUCUCUGUUCAAGGAGAAUAUCAGGGAAGAGUCUUGUUUAAAAACUAUUCAAUUAAUGAUGCAACAAUUACUCUACAUAACAUAGGAUUCUCUGAUUCUGGAAAAUACAUAUGCAAAGCUGUUACAUUCCCACUUGGAAAUGCUGAGUCCUCUACAACUGUAACUGUAUUAGUUGAACCUACUGUGAGCCUGAUAAAAGGGCCAGAUUCUUUAAUUGAUGGAGGAAAUGAAACAGUAGCAGCCAUUUGUAUCGCAGCCACUGGAAAACCAGUUGCACAUAUUGAUUGGGAAGGUGAUCUUGGAGAAAUGGAAUCCACUACAACUUCUUUUCCAAAUGAAACAGCAACAAUUGUCAGCCAGUACAAGCUUUUUCCUACCAGAUUUGCCAAAGGAAGGAGAAUUACUUGUGUUGUAAAACAUCCAGCCUUGGAAAAGGACAUCCGAUAUUCCUUCAUAUUAGAUAUACAGUAUGCUCCUGAGGUUUCAGUAACAGGCUAUGAUGGAAACUGGUUCGUAGGAAGAAAAGGUGUUAAUCUCAAAUGUAAUGCUGAUGCAAAUCCACCACCCUUCAAAUCUGUGUGGAGCAGGUUAGAUGGACAGUGGCCUGAUGGUUUAUUGGCUUCAGACAACACUCUUCAUUUUGUCCAUCCACUGACUUUCAAUUAUUCUGGUGUUUAUGUCUGUAAAGUGACCAAUUCGCUUGGCCAAAGAAGUGAUCAAAAGGUCAUCUAUAUUUCAGAUGUUCCAUUUAAGCAGACCUCUUCUAUAGCCGUAGCUGGAGCUGUAAUUGGAGCUGUCCUUGCCCUCUUCAUCAUUGCUAUCUUUGUGACUGUGCUGUUGACUCCUCGAAAAAAGAGACCAUCCUACCUUGACAAAGUGAUCGACCUUCCACCCACACAUAAACCACCUCCUGUGUAUGAAGAACAGUCUCCCCCUUUGCCUCAGAAAGACCUUCUAUAUCAAACUGAACACUUGGCUCAGCAGACUCAGUUCAAAGAAAGAGAGACUGGAAGUGUCCAGCGCCCUAACGGGCUGAAUAGCAGGAGAUUCGACUGUGAAGAUGAGAAUCCAGUGGGGGAGGACAGGACUCAGCAGAUGUACCCCCUGUAUGACCAGAUGCGCUACCAAGACGGGAGCCCUGGCAGACACCAUCCAUAUAGCGACCUGGAGGGAGUCUACAUCAACCCGGGGGAACACUAUGUGUGAAGGUCCUCUUUCUCCAGUGCUGUUUUAACAAAUGUUUAUUCUUAGAUUGGGGGGAGAGAAACUGAGGCCAAUAGUUAUGAUUUUAUUCUCUCUCAUAUAAAGCAAUCCCAGUCUAAGUGUAUCGGAAGUUGUGAUGAAUGACUUGGCGCCAAGAGCGAAUUUAUUUCUUUCAUUAAGAGUUUCUUAGGCACCAGCUGUGUUUGUGAACUUGACUCUAGCUUUGUGUGUUUCUGUGAUGAUGGCGUUUAACUACUAACAUUUGGCCUACAAUGGCAUGUUCAUUUAAAAGUAGAGCAUCUGCCUGGGAUGACAGCAGUGAUUCUCCAGAAAGAAAGGCCCCAGCUGGGAAUAUUAACCUCACUGGGUCUCAGGCAGACCAGCCUGUUCAUUUGUAAUUCAAACAGGCAGAAAAAGGAGCUCAGAAUCCAUCUCACUAAUUAUUUCAUGGAACUUGGGCUUUCCUGACUUGUUUAGUACAGUUAACAAUACCUGCUUACAAAUAAGAGGCUAAGAGGCAUACUUCAUUGUUUAUCCCAAAAACAUAACAAAAGGCAGUUUAAACCUUCAGGUCUGUUGGUUGCUUUUAUACUCUUGUGAUAUUGUACUGUGUGUUCCUUCUUAUGAUCUCAGGAUCACCAAGGUCCUAAGGGAUGCAUAUUUCUUGCUAUCAUCGACCUAGUCUUGAUGAGCUGUGUGCUAACCAAGGUUUUCUCUUAUUCUGUCAUUGUUCCCACAGUUCUGUUCUUUGCAGUCAAGAUUAGCCUAUUUCCCACCUGUUAAAAUCUAAAAGCCCUUUCUAAAUGGUGGACAGCCUUGAGCCUUUUCCUUCUUUUCUGUGGUAUUGUAUAUGACAAGCUCAGCUUUCACUACUAAAUUUCUUUCAAACUAAUCCUGUCUACACAGGCUUCAGCUACCCUCUGCAUUCUUCAGACUUCUUAUUGUCCAUGUUUUAUCUACCUCAAGGGG